GAUUCAAAUGUUUCAUUGAUAAACUACAAAAUAUUGUAGCUGCUUGACUGCCAAAAAAAAAAACAAAACCAAACCAAAAAUGUUCAAACAUCUUUUUAUCACUAUUUUCUGCAUUUAUUUGGUUUCGGCUGCACCAACACCAGAAGAUGAAAAACCUGAUCCAUAUUCAUUUGCAUAUGAUGAAACCGAUGAAUAUGGUACAAGACUUGCAAGACAAGAAACUGCUGAUGAACGUGGUGUUGUUCAAGGUACAUACACAUAUUCUGAUGCUAACGGUUUAACUCGUACUGUUCAAUACAUUGCUGAUGAUGAUGGUUUCCGUGCUAAUAUUGUGUCAAACGAACCAGGUCUUACAAACAGUGCACCAGCUGCUGCUAAUUAUCAAAUUCAAUAAAUAAAAAACGGUACGGUUUUUUUUUCUCACCGAACAAUCAAAAAUCAAGCCACUUCCUAUUGUAGCCAAAUGUCUUAUGUCCACGUAUUCUGUAUUUUUUCACAAUGAUAAUGUUCGAAACAUUCCUCUCUUUCUCUCUCUCUCUCUCGCUGUGGAACACAUUUUCUUUUCAAAAAUUUUUUUAAAAUAAAAAUCUAGUUCUUAAUUGUGAUAUUUGUCUGAAA